AGAUAACUAAAACCUAUAUGUGUAUAUGACAACUAUAAAAUAAACUGCAAAUAUAUUUUACUAUUUUUGAAGAUCCAAAGUGCUCCGCAAAGAUGUCAUCCGAACAACCUACACAAGUUAUUGGAACUGGUUAUCUUGCAACACUGCAAGGAGUAUGUAAAAUUGUAGAAGUGGUUGCAAGUUUCAUCGCUGUGUUAUUGGUUGGAAUAAAUACUUGGGGAACAGUAUUUGACGUUUUCGAAUCUGCCGCUGCCCUUUCAAUUAUCAUUUCAGCAAUUCUGUUGAUACUGUAUACCAGCAAAGCAGUAGAAAAGUUACAGCUACCUUGGAACAGAAUUCAGUUUUUUUAUCACGUUAUAUUGUCAAUAUACUAUAUUAUUGCCAUAGCAUUAGUUUUGGACAAAUUUUACGUUGUAUCCAGGAUAAUUGGCGGAGGAGUUCUCGGCAUCCUUGCUGUCAUUGCGCAUUUGUUGGACGGAUAUGACAAUUAUAGAAAACAUCCUUUAUGCUAACAGCAAUGAAAUACAAACAUGUUUUAAACAGUGAUAAUUAAUUUAUUAUAUAUAUUUUUUUAUGUUUUUGUGCUAAUUUUUUACAAUAAAAUGUUUAUUUUGUGUA